AUGAUUCACCCCCCUCGCCACCCUCCUCCUCGCCCCCUGGCCCUCUCCACCCCCACCCCCGCCAAGCGCGACUGCGCCUACGUUUGCGGCGAUAACUGCUACACGACCGAGGCUGUGGCCGCCGCGCAAGCCGAUGGCUGGAAGCUCUGGGAGGAGUGGAAGACGGUCGGCAAGGACGAGUACCCCCACCGGUACGAGGACUACGAGGGCUUCGACUUCACCGUUGGCGGCUACUACGUCGAGUUCCCCAUCCUCUACGACGGGGAGAUCUUCACUGGAGCGACUGGCCCCGGUGCCGACCGCGUUAUCUUCAACUACAAGGAUGAGCUGGCCGGUGUGAUUACCCACACUGGUGCGGAGGGUGAUGACUUUGUCAGCUGUGAGGGUGACGUUUUUGCUUAG